UGUAUCGAAAAAAUGAUACGUGUAUGUUGCCAGGACGUGCACAAGUUUUACUCUCCAACAAUACACUGCAUGCUCUCGCGACUCCAAUUUGCACAACAUUGAUUGGGUUGUUCCUCGGCAGUAAAACCGGAAGUGUGUCAUUUUAGAUAUUAGUUCUUAUUUUGGUAAUUCUCUUGUAAUCGAUUCCAGUCCAUACAUCAUCAGAUGAGCAUUAUCAUUCCCUAAGUAUCUACUAACCAACUGGUUCAUCAAUGUCAGGAAUAGAACAAAGUUUUAAAGAGAGGAAGAGAUGAUGAGGAAGAGUGGUAAAAAUUUGUAUUUCGACUGCAGCGACGAUGAUGAUGAUGAUGUUGAUGAUGUCUACUAUGAUGCACCAGAAGAACCGAAUGAUGUCUCAACAACGUCGAGCGAACGAAGACGGAAAAAACAGGCGGAAAAUAAGUCAAAUAAAGUACAAGCACCAAUGAAAUUUCAUUUUAGUACCCAAUCCUUUGGGAGAUGGAGAACAGGAUCCAAUAAUGGAACAUCUAAACAACCCCGGAACGUUUCUAGUCACUCGCGAGAAACCGGUUUUAGUUAUAAGAAGGAUAUAUCGGAUUCCCCCACUGGCACUCAGACAAGAGCAGGUGUGUUUCACUUUGAUGCUGGAGGACCGUCUAGCUCUACAACGUCAGAACGGGACACAACACGACCGUCUGCCCUCGGCACCCGACCACCAACCAUCGGCACCCGACCACCAACCAUUGGCACCCGACCACCAACCAUCGGCACCCGAUCAUCAAACAUCGGAACCCGAUCAUCAACCAUCGGAACCCGAUCAUCAACCAGCGCAACCCGAUCACCGACCAGCGAAACCCGGCUGCAGUCACACAUUCCUGAAAAGGGUCAUCAGUCUAAAGCUCAAACAUCAGUUCAUGAAGGUGUCGCCUCCAACAGCAAACCAACGUCUAAAUUAGCGGAGCGAAAAAUCAAGCCAUCUACAUUUUCUUCAAGUCUCUCCGUUGGGAUGCAAACGAGAUCAUCCAAGCCUGUCAUCUUUAUCUGUACAUCCUAUGGACUCCACAGUAUCAAAGGGCUCACUGAAAUGGUUCAGAAUUCGGUGAAACAAUGUUACUCUUCUUGCGAGAUCAAGGAGACGGAGCUGCCUUACAGUGGAUUAGAUGACUUUAAGUUUCCUUCAGAGGCAAGCAAAAGAGAUGCCAUGAUCCUCUGCCAUUCGGUGAAUAACAGAGGAUUCUCCAUCACUGAUGUUCCCAACUCACUUUACAACGUUUUUCUAAAGUACUGCAAUCAGCUUUUUGGUAAGGAUCGCGUGGCCGUGAUCGUACACGACUUCGAAUGCAGUCAGGAAAUUCUUACAAUCAAUCUCCAGCAAUUCGAACGAACGCAGCCUACUGCUUAUAAAUUGGCGGGCUUCGUCGCUCUUGCGGAAGAUCUCAACACAUCCGAUGCCAGACUCUGCUACUAUCCAGAAAGUCCUGGCCUAGAUUCUUUUGUCAGAAAAUUACGCUGAAUGCGAUUUGACAUUAAAUGAAUUGUAUCUGGACAUUCUUCACCACAUAGGGCAACUGCAAGUUUAAGAGUGGUGGACUUGCGAGAGUGAAAACCCUGUCAAAUCCUUGGAAUGAGAGUCAAUUCAUUGAUUUUUUGCGUUACCGCUUCUCUCUACCAUGUCUACAUGACAUCAAUGUUUAUAUUAACCAACUUACCAUUCGAAAUACCUUCUUUAUAAUUAUUGGAUUGUUCUAUUUAGAUAUUUCUCAUCAAAGGAGAUCCAUAACUACUUUAGACUUCAUUUCUGAUAUGUGUACGAAAUUGAUGUGUUACUAAUUAAAGUCACUUUGAAUCUACUUUGACAAAGCUUGGGAGGUGACGUCAUUAUAAGAGCUUCUGUUUUGCUCGUCGGAUGUUUCAUUCACAUUCAAUUCUCAGAAAAUGAAAAAGCGAUUUGUUCCAAAAUCGGAUCGUCGACCAGUCGUAAGGUGUGCGGCGGCCUUUACGCAUACAAGUUGAUGGUGGAAUGCCUUCUCUUUGAACACGAUACGAAUGAAUAUUGUUCAUCUCAAGAAAUGGACAAAUUGCAUUUAUGUACAUAGACCUUUCCAUGUUUUGCAGGGCGGGAGGUUAACUGUCUUGAUUACUAUUGGUGCUGGAGUAUGAAAAUCGUCUCGAUAUUGAAAAUUAUAGUCCACAUGCAACCAUUAUGUGGCCCAACACCAUGACUGUAUUUGGUAUGUCACUUGGUUUACUUAAACUAAUAUUUUCUCAUGUUUUUUUGUCAACUUGGCACUUUGUAAAGAGUUCUGAUCAGCGUUGCAUGAUAUUUGCAAAAACACCAAACGUAUUAAGGUAUUUCUCAUCGGUUUGAAAAAAAAAAGAUUGCAGUUAUUUGUUCGGUAAAUAAAACAUGUAUCUAUAGCACCGGCCCUAAUGUGAAAACAAUAGUGUUGGAUACAUUAUCGCAGAGCGCAUAACAAUGUUUAGUGGAUUCGAACUCGAUCAAAGUUUCGAUUUAAGUAUCUCACAAUCUGAAGAAGACUUCUGACAAUUUAUUCUUAAACUUCGUGCGAUUUGAGAUUUUAAAUGCGAGAAGUUGGCAGGACAAAUAACACAAAAUCAUAUAUUCAUAAAAAUAAUAUUCGAGAACUUUUUUGAUUUGGGUUUGAUUUUUGUCUUGUGUUCUCUGUCCACGAAGAAGGUAACAGACUUGUGGCAAAUUAAUGUUUAUUAGACGAAGCUUGUAUCGGAAUUAGAGAUUAGAAACAUUUACGUCUCUCAUAAUAUUGAGAGUAUAACACUUGUGAUAGUCUUAUAGGUCAUAGUAACAUCACAUACUGUGAAUAAUCGUGAAGAAAAAAAAUCACAUACUUCUUUCAUUUUUAGAAUCUCGUGUGAAUGAGAAGUUUAUUAAAGCACAAAAAUGCUGUACAUAGAUGUUAAGAAUAAAUUGUCAUCCUAAUAAAUCUGAAAUAUGUACUCGAAAUAUUGAACAAUUUGUACAUGCUGGAAUUUCAAUUUCGUGACUGCGUAAUUAUGACGUCACGCACGUGUACUAGUUUCAUGAAGAUGAAAAUGUAUAUCAAUGUCGACGUAUAAUUUCUCUGGUGGCGUAUAUUAUGUAUAACUUGGGGAGAGAGGACAAACGGAAAAUCAAUUAAUAAAGUUGUGUAUUUCCUCAUCUUUACUUGUAUAAAAAAUGAUGUUAAACAUAUAAACUUAAAUAUCACCGCCUUGUUGCCGUUUACAGUUUGUUUUUUUAAAGAAAUUCAUCAACAUAUCACGAAUCUUAACUUACCGUAGAUAAUUAUGUUAUAGCAUCAUAGAUUUGUUGAUGUAAACAAAAAUGAAUAUCACUACGUAACAAUAACAGAAACCAACAGAAUUACCAUAGUUUGUCAGACAAUAGUUUCUUUUAAUGAUACUAUGUAUAGUUUAUCAUUUAAUUUUAUAAGUGACAGAUGAUAUAUAAGUGAUUCAAACAUUUUGUUUGAUGUCUGAAACUUUUUAUAUUUUAAGGAGUGAAUAAGGAGUUGGAUUUUGGAGUGAUCCAAUCAUCUAAGUGGUCAAAUAUAAUAAUUGAGGCAAU